AUGAAACGGUUUACCUGCGACACGUCCGUCUCCACAGUUUCGGUCUACACUGGAAAGUUCUACGAGCUGGGGAGCAUGAAGUUCGCUCAGUGUCGACGUUUUGCUGGAGAUCAGAGUGUAGAUUCAAGAAAUAUUGGUACAGAACAUUGGCCAUUGAAGUUGAAUGUCCAGUUUUACGAAAGUUCACCGGAGGAUUAUUACGCGAAGGCGUGUAUUUUAACGGAGCGAACAGGACAAGUGACUUGCUUUCCUGAAUUCCAUAUAUACAAAGCGGCGCUCAAUGGAAUGAUUUGUCGUCAUCGCUACCAAUGCUUUUACUGA